AGUAACAGCAGUAGAGUAAUGAUGGCGUCCUCAGCGGCUCGCUGCUCCACACGUUGGAUAACAGUUGCCGUGUCCUCCGGUCACAGUCGUGCUUGUUGUGCUCUGGCCCCUUCUUCCAAUGGAGGCUCAAGAAGUCUGUCGACUUUUGGAGCACAGAAAAUCUGGUCGGGAAGCAAUGCAAUGCGUGGGGGCACGGGGAAUGCGGUGACAUUGAGAGGGCUGUCAGUUCCAGGUGUUAAAUCUCCCCAUGUCAUCUGCACACUGUCCUUCCACACAAGUGCCCCAGCCUCCAACAAACAGGACUUCUACACGGUGUUGGAGGUACCACGCACUGCCACCCAGAAAGAGAUCAAGAAAGCAUAUUACCAGAUGGCUAAGAAGUAUCACCCUGACACCAACAAGGAAGACCCUAAGGCCAAGGAGAAAUUUGCUCAGCUGGCUGAGGCUUAUGAGGUGCUGAGUGACGAGGUGAAGAGGAAGCAGUAUGACACGUACGGGGUGGCAGGGUUCGACGCCAGCCAGGCGGGCGGUGGUGGACACCAGCAGUACUGGAGCGGACAGGCCAACAGCGUGGACCCAGAGGAACUGUUCCGCAAGAUCUUUGGGGAGUUCUCCGGAAGCCGCGGCUUCGGCGACUUCAAUGCCGUAUUUGAUCAGCCCCAGGAGUUUAUCAUGGAGCUGACGUUCACCCAAGCUGCCAAGGGGGUCAACAAAGAGAUGGCGUUCAACACUGAGGCCAGCUGCCAGCGAUGUGAUGGCAAAGGGAGCGAGCCUGGCACCAAGGUUGUGCACUGCCACUACUGCAACGGCUCUGGCAUGGAGACGGUGAACACUGGCCCCUUUGUGAUGCGGUCGACAUGCCGUCGGUGUAAUGGGAAAGGCACUGUGAUCUCCACCCCAUGUAACUCCUGUCACGGGACCGGACAGACCAGACAGAAAAAGACAGUAAUGGUCCCUGUCCCAGCAGGUGUUGAGGACGGUCAGACGGUCAGGAUGCCUGUGGGGAAGAAGGAGGUGUUCAUCACGUUCCGGGUCCAGAAGAGCCCAGUGUUCAGACGGGACGGAGCAGACAUCCACUCUGACGUGCUGAUCUCUGUGGCUCAGGCUGUACUGGGGGGCACGGCCCGGGCACAGGGCCUCUACGAGACAGUCAACCUCUCGAUCCCUGCUGGGGUCCAGACAGACCAGAGGAUCCUCCUCUCUGGGAAGGGCAUCGCACGGAUCAGUGGCUAUGGUUACGGAGAUCACUACAUCCACGUCAAAGUCCGAGUCCCCAAGAUCCUGACAGACAGACAGAAAGCUCUGCUCAUGAGCUACGCAGAGGAUGAGACUGAAGUGGAGGGGACAGUCAAUGGUGUCACAAGCACCACUGCAGGUGGGGGCAGCAGUGGUAAGCAGUCUGAGGCAGGGCAGGACAGGCAAGAGGAGGUAGGAGAGAGCAAGCAGGAGCAGGGCUUCUUCACCAAGUUAAAACAAUUGUUUAGCUCCACCUGACAGUUACAAACCAGGUAAAAGGUCCACUGGGAACUGAGGCGAGUGUCCGAGGGUAGAGAGAUGAUGCCCUAAGAAGACAGCCACAGGGAGAGACCAGAUAUGGGGACAGGGGGUGGGGGAGUGUUGAUGUCUACUGUAUCCUACUCUAGCACUAGACAAGACUGGUUACCCCAGAUCUACCUUCACAGAUCUCCUUUCAUCCUUGAUCAGUUCCCUAGCAGUGGAAGACAAUGGACUGAAACACAAUGUGGUCCUAACUCAUUCCUGCUGCCUAAAACCCAAAUCCAAGAGGAAAUACGCUCUGGAAGUACCAGGAAGUGACUGCCCCUUAGGCUUGGAGUUUUUUGGAUGGUGUUCAAUGUGCAAAAAUGUUGCGCAAUGGUCUUCAAGCGCAAACAAAUCAUAAGGCAUCGAUCGGGUGGAAGUAAAUUCAUCCACAAAUGCAAAUAUAAUUAUACAUCUUAAAUGACCACAUGUUCAAAAGAUUAGGGUACGUGAUCCGGAAGUAAAGCGAACGUGGCGGCAACUUUAACAGGGUAUUCCAUAGAUUUUCCAAUUGUUCCUGUCCAUCAGAUUCCUAACCGUGUGAUAGCAGCGCAGUCAAACAGUCACUCAUAAAGUAUGGUCUGUCUGCUGUCUGAGGAAUGUACUGUUGCCAGUGAUAGCCAAAAAACCCAUGGAUAUACAAAACAUUAGGGACACCUCCAUAAUAUUGAGUUGCACCCCCUUUUUCCCUCAGAACAUCUUCAAUUCAUCAGGGAAUGGACUGCAAUGUGUCAUGCAUUCCACAGGAAUGCUGGCCCAUGUUGACUCCAAUGCUUCCCACAGUGGUGUCAAGAUGUCCUUUGGGUGGUGGACCAUUCUCGAUACACACAGGAACCUGUUGUGUGGAAAAACCCAGCAACACUGCAUUUUUUGACACUCAAACUGGUGUGCCUGGUACAUACUAUCAUACCCUGUUCAAAGGCACUUCAAUCUUUUGUCUUGUC